AGCUCGGUGUUUGCGGCAGGCUCUGUAUUUUUUUUUUAAUUUUAUCCUUGUUAGGAUACUGUUGUUGUGAUAUGCAUAUGAUGCUUUUGUUUUAAUGGAUAUCACCCCUUCUAAAAAAACUUGUACUGCAAGGCCAGCGAGCCCGGCGGCGGCCGUCUCGGGGUGAAAGAAAAUAAACGCUACCCGGCGGCGGCAGUCUCGUCGAGUCCGAGCUCGUGCUCGUGCGCGCAGCACCCUGCUAGACUGGCCGGCGAGCAUGGCGGAAGAUCCCGCCGCCACCUCCUCCGCCAUUGCCAUUGCCGCCGGCGACCGCGGCGGAAACCUGCACGACUACCCCACCAUCGAUCCCACCUCGUUCGACGUGUUCAUCUGCGGCACAGGCCUCCCGGAGUCCGUCCUGGCCGCCGCCUGCGCCGCCGCCGGGAAGACCGUCCUCCACGUAGACCCCAGCCCGUUCUACGGCUCCCUCUACUCAUCUCUCCCGCCCCCCUCCCUCCCCUCAUUCCUCUCCCCCUCCCCAUCCCCGCCCUCCUCGGCUGCGGCCGCCGCCUCCUUCGAUUCGCACACCGUCGUCGAUCUCCACCGCCGCUGCCUAUACUCGGAGCUCGAGACCUCGGGGGCGGCGCCCGAGCCGUCGAGGCGGUUCACGGUCGACCUGGUGGGUCCCCGGGUGCUGUACUGCGCCGACGAGGCCGUGGAUCUUCUCCUGAGGUCAGGGGGUAGCCACCAUGUGGAGUUCAAGAGCGUCGAGGGGGGCAGCCUCCUCUACUGGGAGGGCCGUCUCUACCCGGUGCCGGACUCCAGGCAGGCUAUCUUCAAGGACGCCACCCUCAAGCUUAAGGAGAAGAAUGUCCUGUUCAGGUUCUUCAAGCUUGUGCAGGCGCACAUUGCCGCCUCGGCUUCUGCCGAUGAGGGAGAAGAGGGCGAUGCUUCUGCUAAGAUUCCUGAGGAGGACCUGGACAUCCCCUUCAUCGAGUACCUCAAGAAGCGGCAGCUUUCACCCAAAAUGAGGGCGGUUGUCUUGUAUGCCAUUGCCAUGGCAGAUUAUGAUCAAGAUGGUGCUGACUCUAGUGAAAAACUGCUAACGACGAGAGAGGGAAUCCAGACCAUUGCUCUGUACUCCUUAUCCAUUGGGAGGUUUGCUAAUGCAGAAGGUGCUUUCAUUUAUCCUAUGUAUGGGCAUGGUGAGCUGCCUCAAGCUUUCUGCCGCUGUGCUGCUGUUAAGGGUGCCCUAUAUGUGUUGCGGAUGCCAGUGGCUGCACUUCUUGUGGAUGAGGAAAAGAAGCAUUUUGUAGGUGCCAGAUUGGCAUCUGGUCAGGAUAUUUUGUGCCAGCAGUUGAUACUUGAUCCGUCAUACAAAAUUCCUACCUUGGAUGUGCCAUGUGAUGGUUCAGACUCAAACUUGCCAAGAAAAGUUGCAAGGGGAAUAUGCAUAAUUAGCAAGUCUGUGAAACAGGAUUCAUCAAAUGUUCUGGUUGUUUUCCCACCAAAAUCACUAGAAGAGCAGCAGGUUGCAGCUGUUCGGGUUCUUCAGUUGAGCAGCAAUCUAGCAGUAUGCCCUCCUGGAAUGUUUGUGGCAUAUCUGUCUACUCCCUGUGCUGAUGCCUCCACUGGAAAGCAAUGCAUAAAAAAAGCAAUAGAUGUUCUUUUCAGUCCUCAGGCAUCAGAUGGUUCAGAAGGCCACCUGGAGACAACUAGUGAAAACGAUGAGGAUGUGAAGCCAACACUGAUUUGGAGCUGUGUAUAUGGUCAAGAGAUCACACAGGGAACAUCUGGUUCUUUGCUGUCGUGCCCCAUGCCUGAUGCAAGUCUGGACUACAGGAAUAUACUGGAAUCAACAAAAAAGUUAUUUGUAGAUAUUUGUCCGAAUGAAGAAUUCUUGCCUAGAAAGGCAGCUCCUGUAUAUGCCGAUGAUGACUCUGAUUCUGCGGAGUAAAACUAUUUGUCUAGAGGAUUUCACAUUUUGCUGGAGAGUAUUUCUACAGAAGAUGCAUGAAGGUGUCGUCCUCCAUGCUACGGUGUACCUCGAAGUUCAGAGUACAAAAGAGCGUGUAGCAAGGAGAGGCUGUUGCAUUGCCGAACAGUUGUACCCCUUUUCCAACGUCCAGGUGGGUGGUGGCUAGUCGUAUAUCACAUUACUAGGAAAACAUUCCAUGGCGCUUGAUGUUUAGAUACAUACUUUCCACAUGCUCGGUUCAAAUGGGGUACUGCUGCUUCCAUAGCUGUAUAGAUUCCUGCAGCACUUGCUGUAUACAGGGUUACAGUAUGCUGUACGGCACACAUGCUGAAUUCUCGAUUUGAUUCAUGAAUGAAAUCGUUUAACGAGUGAGAGAAAGAGAAAGGACAUUGAAA